AUGGCGGUCGUUUACUUUGAGACCAGUUGGGCGAUCCUCAGCACAAUCGGCUUGGCAAACGUGCUCUUCGGGUUCAUGAUCGCGGGCAUCACCGCCUUCUCCCCGGUCUCGCUUAUCCCCAUCAUCGUAUCGGCGGCUGGCGCCACGGCAAAUGGCCUCUGCUACUACAGCUUCUAUGCAGAUUACCCUAUCCUGAACACGGCGAUAUCGUCUGCUUUUGCGGACUUGUUGUGGAUGGUAGUCCAAGAGGCCGGUAUCUCGUUUUACAGCUAUGCCAUUCUUACCAAGGUGUUAAGGAAUCGGGACCGCGUUGUGUUUAUGUCUCUGUUCUGGUUCAUGAUGGUCGCCAUCUUCGUCCUCAGAAUCCUCAUUCUCACUGCUCGGGUGAAGAUCUUGGUCAACGGCGAGUCGCAGCUAAGAACAACCAUCAACGGGCUGCACGUGGGCUACUUCACCUCCAUGGCACUCCUAGAGUGCGUUGGCGCGUACUUUCUGUUGCGCAAGUUCGCGGAGGCGAAGAGUCUGUCCUUGGGAGCUUCGAUGGUGCCGACCCUCUUCCAGCACCUUAUGCGAAGCACCGAAAUUCGCCUGGCGGUGCUAGCGUUGAUCGGAAUAACGCGGGCUGUCGCAUACUUCUUCCAGCCUUCAAUCCAGAAGGCCGAGACUGUAGCAAGUCAGAUCGACCGCUUUGUUUACACUUUGGAAUGCAUGUUUCCUGUCAUUAUCUUAGUGCGCAUGACAACUCGUCUUUCCAACUUGCCGCCAGACGGCAUACACAGCACGAACAAUUACCGCGUGGAAGCGCAACUUCGGAGGGAGUCGGGAACAAGUCGUUCAUCCUUGUUUACGUCCGAAAAUGUUGGCGAAACCAUCUUUGUGGAGGACAUCAACGAGCGGGGUCUCGCUGAAGCUCCUCUACCAUCCGGUAUCACCAAGACGAUUGAGAUCAAGAUUGAGAAAGCGGCCAGAAAGCCUUUCGACAAGGAAUAA